UUAAAAUAUUGUAAAUUAUAAUAGUUGAAGGAUUAGAAUCUUUCAUUAGGAUCUAUUAUAAAGACGUAUUAAUUGUUUCGGAUUCUUUCGAGGUAUUUAAAAUCCUUGAUAUGACACUAAAUUAUUAAGUUAAUUUCCUAAUUUAGAAAAUUGGUCCCGUUGAGUCAGUUUAAAAUCACCAAAGUAUUUGUGGCAUAGUAAGAUUUUUUUGGCGUUUUGGCGUUUUCCAUUAAAAAUCCGAAACUUUUUUUUUUCUGUUAGUAAGAAGAACCUUCUAUGCCGGCUUUUUUACUACUGCGUAUAAUACGUCAUUAAUUUUGUUGAGGUAUAAAUAUGUAAUUUGUCAGGAAAUUUCUCCUCUUGGUUUUCAUUCUGAGAGAAGCGAGAAACGAGAAGCGAUUUUUUCAAAACAAAAUUCCCACAAAUAUUAACCCUAUCCUUAUAAAUAUAUAAAACUUCUUUUGUCACGAUUAUAACUUUCUUGUAACGACAUUUACAAAAUGCGCCGAGCAACUAAAAAACCUACUAAAACCACAAAAAACGAGGCUACCCCUAUUAUUGAAACCAACGUUGAACCUCAACAAAAUCAACAAAAUGAUUGGUUUUCCAAGAGUAUGGCUCGUAAGCAUCUCAAAUAUUGUACUGCUGCUCUCAAAGAAUUGAAGAAGCAUCCUUCGGCUGGACUAUUUCUUGAACCCGUUGACCCUGUCAAAUAUGGAAUACCUGACUACUUUGAUAUUAUUAAGCAACCAAUGGAUCUUGGAACUGUAGAAUCCAAACUUAAUGCUCUUCAAUAUACCACUGUAGCAGACUUCGAGUCAGAUGUUCGACUCAUUUUUUCAAACUGCAUCCUGUAUAAUGGUGUUGAUCAUCCAGUUUCUCAACAAGCAAGAGAAUUAGAAAGUUUGUUCAACAUACAACUUAGUAGCUUCCCUGGGGGCAAAAAAGAGAUCAAACCUCCUGCUGCUGAAUCUUCUACUAAAGCGGCAAAGUCUGUAAAGACUACUGCACCUGCCCCUGCUGCUACUGUUACACCAUCAUCAUCGACUGUAAAUUUGACUAUUGAUGAAUCUCGUCCAAAAAGAACAAUUAAAGCUCCUGCCAAAGACCUUCCUGAAGCACCUCAACCAGGUCGUCGUAAGAAGACUAAAAAGAAUAUUGAACUUAAUUUCUGUCGUAGCGUUCUUCGUGAACUUAAGAAAAAGACACAUUGGCCUUACGCUUAUCCAUUCUAUGAACCCGUUGAUGACGAAAAGCUAGGAGUCCCAGAUUACUACAAGGUCAUAAAACGUCCAAUGGACCUAGCUACUAUAAAUUCAAAAUUAGAGAACGAUCAAUAUGCAAAUGCUGAAGAGUUCGAAGAAGACAUUCGUCUAAUGUUUCGUAAUUGCUAUACAUAUAAUGGCGUCGGAAGUGAAGUUUAUAACAUGGGUAAAACAUUAGAGUCCGUUUUCAACAAAAAAUGGGCUGAAAAACCUGUUCCCCAAGUUAAACAAAAAGGGAAAACGAAAGUAGCAAGAGAUGAUGAUACCGACACAGAUAGUUCCUCUGAAGAGGAAUUUGAUGAAGAAGAAGUUUCAAAACCAAAAAUAAAAAAAAUACAAAAGAAGCUGAACGAGCUGAGCGCAUUGAUAAGCAAUCCUAAAAAGGGUAAAUCCAAAAAAAUCAAGAGCGAUAAAGCAUCGACUAGUAAAGGUAGUUUUAACGAUUUGAUGGAUGUGGAUGUUGAAAAGAAAUCACUAAAGCGCCCUCGAGGUGGAAAACAACGCGAUGAUGAUGGUCUAUCGAAUGAUCAAAAAGCCUUUCUUAGCAGUAGCAUCGAACUUCUUGCUGACACAGAUAUGAACCAACUCAUUGAUCUGUUACGUGAAAGUGGAGCGCCUUUACAGAAUGAUAAUGGUAGUUAUGAAUUAGAAAUAGAGACACUCGACGUAAAAACAGCUAAGAAAGUGUUUGAAUUCGUUUCGAAACGAAUCAAUAAGCAAAAAAGACGUCCACCACCAGCAAAAAAGGCACGCAAACAUUCCAGGGAAGAUGAAGCUCAAAAGAUUCUUGCCCUGGAAAAGACGUUGGCCAAAUUCACUUCUUCUAGCGAUGCUUUUAACGAAAGCCACUAUAGUUCUGAGGACUCCUCCGAUAGUCAGAGUUCAGACUCAUCUGGUUCCGAAUCGGAAGAUUCAGGUAGUGAUACUGUUUAGAAUCAAUUACCCUUUAUAAUUUCUCUCCUUUUCUUUCAAUACCUUACAUUUGUAACGUUAUUGGGAGUUAUCUUGCUUUUGAUGGAAAAGAUAUAGGUUUUUAUUGCUUUUUACCUACCUUACCUACCUUUAAUAUGAAUUUCAUAGUUCAUACUACUUUGUUUUACUUUAUUAUCUUGAUGUUAUAUUAUUGAAGGAAAAGGAGAAGGGACCUUUUGAUACUAUGUUUUUCAAAACUUUGUUCCUUCUUUGUAUUCAAAGUUGAUACUUGAGUUUUGCUCUUAUCAACAUUGCUUACAUAAUAAAAUAUUUUCGUUCGUUUGGUUGCCUUUUCAAAAUUCGUUUUUAAAAAUGAUAUAUAUUUCUGAUUUUCUCCUCUUUUUUUUCUUUAUGUAUAAUAAUUAUAUGUUGUUUGUGUACGUUUCCUUCAAAUAAUCCUAACGCUACGAAACAUAUAUUCUCAUCUUGUUUAACGAAAUUGCAGGACCUAAG